UAAAAAACUGAACGUGCACAAAUUUGAAAACUUUCCAUUUUAACCAAGAAGAUUAUUUAACAUAGUUGCUAUUCUUUGAUUGACUUGUAAUGGUGUCAGCAGAUAACAGUUGCAUGGGUAAAAUAGCUAAAAUGUAAGGAAAUAUGUUUGUGUUAAAUGCACAAAUUGGAUUUCCGCCAUGUGGAAAAUCCUGCAGUCACUGAUCCAUAUCUGACAAUCUGCUCCGGUGCAGGAGGCACAUGUUCAGAAGCAGAGCACAGGCUCUUCUCAGUGAUAUUCUCCAACUACAAUCAGUACAUACGGCCGGUGGAAAAUGUGUCUGAUCCGGUCAUUGUGCAGUUUGAGGUGUCCAUGUCGCAGCUGGUCAAAGUGGAUGAAGUCAACCAGAUAAUGGAAACCAAUCUGUGGCUCAGACAUAUUUGGAACGACUAUAAACUCAAAUGGGAUCCUAAAGAUUUUGGUGGCGUAGAGUUCAUCCGAGUACCGUCAAACCGAAUUUGGAAACCAGACAUUGUUCUUUACAAUAACGCUGUCGGAGAUUUCCAGGUUGACGACAAAACAAAAGCUCUGCUUCGCUACAACGGUGACGUCACUUGGAUCCCUCCGGCCAUAUUCAAAAGCUCCUGUAAGAUCGACGUCACAUAUUUCCCCUUCGACUACCAAAACUGCACCAUGAAGUUUGGCUCCUGGACCUACGACAAGGCCAAGAUUGACCUGGUGCUGAUCGGUUCGACUAUCAACCUCAAGGACUUCUGGGAGACUGGCGAGUGGAUAAUCAUUGACGCGCCUGGCUACAAGCACGACAUUAAGUACAACUGCUGCGAGGAGAUCUACACCGAUAUCACUUACUCUUUGUACAUCCGCCGCUUGCCUCUUUUCUACACCAUCAACAUGAUAAUCCCCUGCCUCCUCAUCUCCUUCCUGACGGUGCUCGUCUUCUACCUGCCUUCGGACUGUGGCGAGAAAGUCACGCUGUGCAUCUCCGUCCUGCUAUCGUUGACCGUCUUCCUUCUCGUCAUCACGGAAACCAUUCCCUCCACCUCGCUUGUCAUACCGUUGAUCGGCGAGUAUCUCCUCUUCACCAUGAUUUUCAUCACCCUCUCCAUUGUCAUUACCGUUUUCGUUUUGAACGUCCACUACCGCACUCCCAAGACGCACACCAUGCCCCGCUGGGUGCGCCGCGUCUUUCUGGGACUGCUGCCCAGAGUGAUGUUCAUGACCAGGCCGGAGAGGGAAGCGGAGAAGGUGACGGUGGCGGGCAGCGUCGAGGCAAUGCAGCCGAGAACCUGCGCGGUUCACCCUUCGGGCACCCUGCAAAAGCAGCACAAGCCCCAGGCCUUGGCGUCCAGCGUGGUGUCGAGCCUGACGAGCCGCCAGCGGCUUUUCAACAACACGGAGCUCUCUAACCUGAACAACCUGAGCGAAGACUUGGGCAAGGGCGUCCUGUGCUGCGAAGGCCGCUGUAACUGCUGCUGCCAGAAGAGAUCCGGCAGACUGCCGUCAGACGCUGCGGGAGGGUGUGGUGGACUGGGCAGCCUUGGGGCCCUGGCUGGAGGCACUGGUGUCGGCGUCAGACAGGACAGUCACUGCUCCAGUUCGGAGUCUCUGGAUGGAGGCGUUUUGUCCCUUCUGCCUCUGUCUCCUGAGGUGCGAGAGGCGAUUGAAAGCGUUAAAUACAUAGCAGAGAACAUGAGACUUCAGAAUGAGGCAAAAGAGGUUCAAGAUGACUGGAAGUACGUUGCCAUGGUUAUCGACAGGAUCUUCCUCUGGGUUUUUGUCCUUGUCUGUAUCCUGGGGACAGCUGGCCUCUUCCUCCAGCCUCUAUUACUCGGGGAGGAUAUUUGAUUGAAUUUAAGAAAACUAUUACUCCAGACUGCUGAAUUGCACACAGCUCUCAUAUAUAGGACUGUGGCCUCUGUCUGAGAAGUGGAAAAACAAAAGACACAAAGACAUGGAGUAAAAAAAAAAAGUUCUAAGAUUUAAUGUUUUCUGCUUUGCUUUUUAUUUGAAAAAUCUUUCUUGAAUAUAUGGCAAAUAAAUCUGUGACACGGUG